AUGAACCAUCAGCAAAGUUUAAAAUUGGAAAAUAAGCUGUACGCUACCGUAAAAGGGAAAAUGGAGCAAAUGCAGCUGCAGUCGAUGUCUUGGAUCGAGGUACAAUUUCUGAGAAAGGCUGUAGACGUUCUGUCGGAGUGUCGCCGAACAUUGAUGUACACUUACGCAUUCGCAUACUAUCUUAAGAGAGAUAAUAACGCCGAGAUUUUCGAAGGAAAUCAAAGGGAUCUUGAAAUGGCUACAGAACAGCUCUCACAAUUCCUUGAACGAGAUCUGGAGAACGAGAAUCUUGUUACACUGAAGCAAAAGGUAAUUCGUAGGAUUUGCUAUAUUUCCAUUAAAGAUAUUCAAAGUAGAAAAGUACAAGACAACUAUCGCUAUGUCGAUCAUCGCCGUCUAGUGUUGCUAAAACAUUGUCAAGAGGGUACAGAAAGAGACAUUUGGCAGUAUACUCAGUGA